AUGGUCACUGUGUAUGCUGAUGGGUCCUUUGACAUUCGACCGUUGGCCGCGGAAUCGCGAUGUACCCCGACCAGUGUGGCAGCGCAUGCUCUGUACGAGAAGUCUAGACCGGAUAUAUUGCAUGGGCCUGGGGGAUAUCUUGAUCUCAACACCGCCACGUACAUAUCGCUCUCUGAUGGUAUCAGUGUUAGAACGUACGGCUCCGAAUUUGUCUCGUCCAAGAGCCAAGGGCUGCCCUAUACAAUCAAAUUCGAAGCGGCGAGGGUGAUCGGUUACCGAGGAAUUUUCAUGGGUUCUUUCUGUGAUCCCAUUCUCAUCCGGCAGCUGCCAUCGCUACUUCACCGUGCAAAGGCAUAUGUUAAACAGAAGCAUGCGCAUACUCGGGAAAAGUGGGAGGUUGACUUCCACGUGUAUGGUUUUGAUCUCGACAGGAACGAAAGGACCUCAACAGGAGAUGUGUUUAUUGUCGGAGAGGCACUUGCUGAGACCCAAGCUCUAGCAAAUAGCGUUACAUCAUCCGCGCGUAUCGCAUGUGUCCAUGCACCGUACGAAGGACAGAAAGCAAACAGUGGAAAUUUUGGUAUGGGAAUAGGUGGGAAGUUGGAGGUCGAGAUGGGGGCAUGCGCCGAGUUCUCAAUAUAUCACUUGGUAGAGAUGGAGGAAGGGGAGGAAGAGGCGAUAGAGAUCAGUCAGGAUGCCACAGGCCAGCGAGACCAGGGAAAUGGGUCGAAGAGCCUCACACGAUGGGAAACACGUCUUUUAGGCAGUGGUCCCCGAAUCGAUCGUGAAACGUUUCACAACUCAACGAGUCACGGAGGUUGUGGUGCGAGCCAUAAUAUAAAUCCCACCACUGAUUCUUCACAUCCCAAGCCACUGGGACAGAUAACAGGUACAUUUACUCUGGGAGAGAUCGCUAAGGUGAUUCGCUCCAAGAACGCGGGACCGUUCGAGAUUACUCUUGACGUUAUGUUCGACUCCGCAGUGGUUUAUCAGCAGGUUAAAGAGGCCGGGGACCUCACAUCAGCGAAGAUUGCAGAGCUCUACGAUAUCUCUGUUGAUAGCAUUGUGUGGUGUGGAUUUUUUGAUCAAGCGCUUGCGUUCAAAGCGACCAUUCCCAGAUGCAGAAAUGGGAAGCCGAAUGCUUCAGGGGGGAUUCAUGGAGAAUGA